UUUUUUUCCUUUUUCAAUCUCUUUCUUUUUCUACCUAAAUUCUCUCUCUCUUUCUCUCUCUCUCGUCUUUGUUUUGAUUCCGAUGCGAAUGGUAAUUGCAGAAACCCCAACGCUCCUUUCCUCACCCUCCUCCUAGAUCGAGUCAGGGUAUCCUAUUUUAUCUGGAGACCUGGCAUGGUAAAAACGGUAACAGAAUGAUGGUGGUGUUUUAAGCUGAUUCAUAGACUUUGCCCUCUGGUUCCAUUGGAUUUUGAACCAUAUUUAUGAUGGGCAAAGGACGGUGCUAAUUAAAGUCAGAUGAAAAUUCAGGACAUUGGUGUAGGCAAAGAGGCUGAAGUUAUUAAUAAUGGCUUUGAGAUUGAUAGCGAUUUCGGCAGUUUCUACGAUAUUAAGCUUUGUAGGUCUGCAGUUGUGCACAGACUUCUCUUGGGAUAAACUUAAAUCAGAUGGACUAAUUGGCUGGAAUUUAAUUCAGUUGGACAAUGCCAGCCAUGACACGGAGUUGGCUAUGGGUUUAUACACCACCAUAGGGCUACUGGUGAAUUGCAUGAUCAAUUUAUUUAUCCUUCUCAAUCUUUGUCUCAAGGCUGUGUUUUUCACAGAGUUAUAUGCUUCUGAAACUCGAAAACUUAUUGAACGUCUUAUUAAUUAUGUCAUUUACAAGGGGACAUUUCUACCACUAAUUGUGCCACCAACAAUUUAUCAAGCAGGUCUUUGGUCAACUUGGUUGACUGUGCUUUGUUCUUUGAAGAUGUUUCAAGCUUUGGCUAGAGAUCGCUUGGAAAGGCUGAAUGCAUCUCCAUCUGCCACACCCUGGACUUGUCUUCGUGUAUAUUCAGCAUUGUUGUUUGUUUUCAUGGUUGAUGUUCUCUGGAUAAGGCUUUGUCUGACAAUAUAUAGAACACAUGGGUCCUCUAUGUAUCUAUUACUAUUCUUUGAGCCUUCCAGUAUUGCUUUUGAGACCCUACAGGCCAUUCUGGUACAUGGAUUUCAGUUGCUUGACAUAUGGCUGCAUCAUUCAGCUUGCAAUAGCAGUGAUUUCCGAACACCUAAGCUACUUAACACGAUAACCGCAGGUUCAUUGUUGGAGUGGAAGGGAAUUCUUAUUCGGAACUUGGGGUUUUUCCUAGACAUGGCAACAUUUUUUAUGGCACUUGGUCAUUACUUGUAUAUAUGGCGGCUUCAUGGCAUGGCAUUCCAUCUUGUAGAUGCAGUGCUAUUUCUAAAUAUACGUGCAUUGCUUAGUGCAAUAAUAAAUCGCGUAAAAGGCUUUGUCAAGCUAAGGAUAGCUCUAGGAACACUUCAUGCAGCUCUUCCUGAUGCAACAACUGAGGAGCUAAGAGCAUAUGAUGAUGAAUGUGCUAUUUGUAGAGAACCUAUGGCUAAGGCUAAAAAGCUAAGCUGCAAUCAUCUCUUCCAUCUUGCAUGUUUGAGAUCUUGGUUGGAUCAAGGCCUGACUGAAAUGUAUACUUGUCCAACAUGUCGCAAGCCACUUUUUGUAGGUGUGCCUGAAAAUGAAACAAACUCUAAUGCGGGGACAAUAUCUAGUGAUGAGCAACUUGCUCGCCAAAUAAGUGCAGGACUUGAUCGGUCAAACUCUGCUAGACAUACCCUGCCUACGGGAUUGUAUCCAAAUCAGACACUAAACACUCCUGAAGGUGUUCAUUGGAGGGGUGCAGGGCUGGACUCAGGUUGGUUGCAUUCUUGGCCAAACCAAGGUGUUGAUGGGGCUGGUCCAUCUACUGCUGCCAGAACAGUUGGAUUGGGAAGAGUUCAAAUGAUGAUGAGGCAUCUGGCAUCUGUUGGCGAAACCUAUGCUCAGACUGCCUUUGAAGAUUCUUCUUGGAAUCUUUGGCCCAUUAAUCCUUCUCAGGCUUCUGCAAGUGGUUCAACCAUUCCUCCUGGGGGGGUAAGAUCGCCAGUAGGAACCGGUAGUUUACAUUUAAGGACUGCUUCUUCUGCUAAUGAUAAUGUUGCAAAUAUACUUGCCAUGGCUGAAACAGUUCGGGAGGUUCUACCUCAUGUUCCAGAUGAUAUGAUAUUCCAGGACUUGCAAAGGACAAAUUCAGUCGCGAUUACUGUGAAUAAUCUUCUUCAAAUGUGACGGUAUUAUUUUACUCUUCAAGGAAUAUGAAGAAUGAAAGACGUAGAGCUACUACAAUUGUCCUUGGAAAGGCAUAGGCUUCAUUUUAUGUAUAUAGAGUCAGCACAUUGAAUCUGUUGUACUCAAGAAAGAUAGCGGAAAAUAUAGGCAUUUUCUUCCUCUUUCUCUUCUUCUCCUUGAAUCUAGUAAAAUAAAUAUUAUGGUGCAUGUUCCCUAGUUGCUCAACUUCCUCUUGUCAUAGUUCCUUUUCAAUUGUAAUUUUGAAUCUGCUGCUACCUCAAAAAUAUCUUGUAAUUGUCUUUCCACUCCCCACUCCAUUUUUGUGGGGUUGGCAGAGAGAGCGAGGGGUAUAUCAAAUUAUCUUCAAUUAACACAAAAUCUUGGCUAUGCAACAUCUC